AACACAGCACACACACACCCACACAUAGUUCUACCACACAUACACACACACUUGAGUAGGACACCGGGCAGAGUGCGUUCCGCCGAUCAUCUCCGUCCCUCCCCUCAGCAAGCAGAUUGCCUGUGCCGCUGACGACAGCCAGUCACACAGAGCUGUGAGUGUGAGGCUGUGGGGAGACUGCAUCAAGGAGCGAGAACUGUGCGCUUGCAUCGGGAACGGGUGCGUGGGAGUUGUUCUCUCUCUACCUGCCAUUUGCAUUCCUUCUUUAUUCUCUACACUCAUCCUCGGACGAGUUCGGGCGCAAAGGGAGUCCCAUUAUUACCCAGGGAGGAUCGCGCCGUGUGUGUGUGUGCGUGUGGGUUGCCUGUUUUAACUACAGUUGUCAUCUUUUAGAUCCGCGGCACCGCCGCUGUGGAGAAACUCAUUGGGAAUCUGCAAGAAAACGGCUGCUUGUUGUCUUUUCUUCUUCUUGUGGCCUCUCCUCCUUCCUUUUUUUUUUCUUUUUUGAAAGCUGUCUUUCAAGGCGAUGGACUUGAGAUAGUGCGUCUCAAUUUGAGUGUUGGUGGCUGGGAGUUGCCGUCGGGGAGAAAUGCGAAAGGAUGCUUGGCAGCAGUGAAGGCUACAGCAGGUAACCGAUAAGAUGGCGGCCGGGGAAGCGACUGGGCACAGCUACCUGGUGGCUUGCUGGCAGCCCAUUCUGAUCCUGAUGCUGGGCACCGUGCUGUCUGGCUCCACUACAGGCUGUCCAUCCCGCUGUGAGUGCAAUGUUCAAGAGCGCUCUGUGAUGUGCCACCGCAAGAAGCUCAUUACAGUUCCCGAGGGCAUUCCUGCAGAAACGAGACUGCUUGACCUCAGCAAGAACCGCAUCAGAACCAUCAACCCAGACGAGUUUGCCACCUUUCCCAACCUGGAACACCUGGAGCUCAGUGAAAACACGAUCUCCACUAUAGAACCCGGAGCGUUCAACAACCUUUAUGGCUUGCGGACAUUGGGGUUGCGUAGCAACAAGCUCAAGUUGAUCCAGCUCGGCGUUUUCACAGGCCUGAGCAAUCUCACGCAGCUGGACAUAAGUGAGAACAAGAUCGUCAUCCUGUUGGACUACAUGUUCCAGGAUUUGUACAACCUGCGGUCUUUAGAGGUGGGUGAUAACGACCUGGUUUUUAUCUCCCACCGGGCUUUUCAUGGCCUGAGUAGCCUUGAGCACCUGAGUCUGGAGAAGUGCAACUUGUCCUCUGUGCCAACAGAGGCUUUCACCCACCUUCACAGUCUGAUCACGCUCAGGCUGCGCCUCCUCAAUAUCAAUGUCAUACGGGAUUACUCCUUCAAACGGCUGUAUCGGCUCAAAGUGUUGGAAAUAGCCAAUUGGCCAUAUCUGGAUACGAUGACCCCAAAUUGCUUGUAUGGAUUAAAUCUCACCUCCCUGACCAUCGCAAAUGCCAACCUGACCACAAUUCCCUAUGUAGCCCUGCGGCACUUGGUUUAUUUGCGCUUUCUUAAUCUUUCAUAUAACCCGAUCCACACCAUCGAGGGGAAUAAGCUCCAUGAUCUUCUGCGUCUGCAGGAAUUUCACCUGGUAGGAGGCAGACUGGCAAUGAUUGAGCCCUACUCUUUCCGUGGUCUGAACUACCUGAAGAUUCUAAACGUGUCUGGAAACUCUCUUAGCACUUUAGAGGAGUCGGCUUUCCAUUCAGUUGGCAACCUGGAAACCCUUGCCUUGUAUGAUAAUCCCCUGGCCUGUGACUGCCGACUGUUAUGGGUUUUCCGCCGACGCUGGAGACUGAACUUCAACAGGCAGCAGCCCACCUGUGCCUCCCCUGAGUUUGUCCAAGGCAAAGAAUUCAAAGACUUCCCGGAUGUUCUGCAGCCCAACUACUUCACGUGUCGCAAGUCAAGGAUUAGGGAUCGCAAGCCCCAGCAGAAAUUUGUUGAUGAGGGAGCCAUUGUUCAUUUUGCUUGCCAAGCAGAUGGAGAUCCUGCUCCAGUGAUAAUGUGGCUCUCCCCACAGAAAAAGUUUAUCACCACCAAGACAAUUGGAAGGCUCUCUGUGUUGCCAGACGGCACCCUUGAGGUUCGCUAUGCCCAGAUUCAAGACAAUGGUACAUAUGUGUGUAUAGCAAGCAACGCGGGCGGAAAUGACACCUCUCUUGCUCACCUGCACAUUCAUAGCUACUCGCCUGACUGGCCACACCAGCCCAACAAGACUUUUGCCUUCAUCUCCAACCAGCCCACAGAAACUGGUGCUAACGGUACAAGAGCCAACGCCCCUUUCCCCUUUGAUAUAAAGACGUUGAUCAUCGCCACCACAAUGGGCUUCAUCUCUUUUCUCGGUGUCGUCUUGUUUUGCUUGGUACUGCUCUUCCUUUGGAGCAGAGGUAAAGGCAACACCAAGCACAACAUCGAGAUCGAGUACGUGCCACGGAAAUCGGACGCUGGCAUGAGCAGCAGCACGGUGGAUGCUCCUCGCAAGUUUAACAUGAAAAUGAUUUAACGGAGCUGUGGGAUUUAUUCAUUUUUGAACUCGAAAAAUAAGACAAAUGGAAAAGAAGACAUUUUCUUUCCUCCCUUACAAACCUGUGGAUCCUGGUCUGUUAACAUAGAGUAAUGUUUUUUCCUGACUGAAGUUACUAGAGAGGAGGGCAGUUCCUGACUUUCACAAGUGAGAGGGAAAUGAAAGCACAUCCGGUGCUACGGGGCACUGGUGGUUUCUACGAGGCCUGCGGGGGCAUUAAUUGAAAGUCAGAUUUGUCAUAAGCAGUUCAUAUUCCUGUGGAUUUAUACUGGGAAAAAUAUAUCAGAAAAGAAAAAACAGUUCAAACAGCCAGAAUGCGAGGGGCAGAUCAUAUUUUGUCCAUCGCUGUUUUUUGUCUGUAUUUUUUUAAUUUAGUGUUUGUUUUUUUAAUUCCGAGGUUAGAUGUCAAGUUAUGAAUGGGAUUUGUAUGGGUUGAUGAGCACAUUUAUACGACGUUGAUGCAUUUCAUGUACAUCAUCAUUAUACUAUGUGCUACAUACGGUAUGGUCUGUUUCCUUUCCUACAGUGAUGAUUGUUCUGUAAUCCAUUAAAUGUAUAUCUGUGUCACAACACCUGAUGAAAACAAGUUUAUCCCAGCAAUUAGCAGAAACACAUAACACAGUAUGGCACAAUUCAAAUGCAAAACUGUAUGUGAGGAACUACAUAGAACCUAAUGUGAAUGUCACAGCAGCUAAACCCAAGAAAGUACAAUGACGAUUGCUGUAAAACAGUUUACAUCGGUCAUUAUGUGACCCAAAAAACAGAAUGAUACACUAAUAUAAGUGCUCUGAAAACACAUAGGUUCAGUGGUACAGGGGUGCAUCAGUACAACUUAAACUAAUGAUACCAAUUGUCAGUACUGCACCGUAAAAAUCUGCCAAAAGCUAAGUCCAAAUAUUCCAUUUUUAGAAAUACAAAUGACAUAAAUUAGUACUGACAAGUAGCAGCAAAUCCUGUUGUUCAGCAAGGCUCUUUAUAGGAUCUUAGCAUUGGGGAAAUGCUUUAACAAAGCUGUUUGAGCCCAGUAUCUGAUAUCAGUAUCCCUCAUCCCUAAUUUUCGGAUGUAACCAGACUGUGCACACACACACACACACACAUGGAUUGAGGGCAUGAUAAAGAAAGCAAAUGUGUGAUGUUGCUGAUAUGAUGGGGCUUUGUACCAACAAUAGAUGCAGCAUCUAGCCCAGGGUUUUGCCAUCAAACAGAAUGGUACCUUGAUACCAUAAGCGCUUAUCCCUGCCUUUUUAAAAUUGCAUUUCAAAAACUGUUACGUAACGGUAUUAUUUUGUGCUCAACAUGAUUGUGAGGAAUAAAAGUUGUGGUGCUCACGUUUUUGGAUACAA